AUGAAAUCUGCUCAAUGCAUUAUUUUCUCAACAAAAUCUAGAUCUUGUCUUUUCCCUCAAAAUCAAAAUCUCCUAAUGACACGCGUUAUUGCAACAACUGUCAAUGGAAUUAAAACAUUUCACAUCACAGCAGAAAAAGCAACACCAGAUUACUACGGCCAGCGUGCGAAUAGAAAAAUUGGUACACAUGCAUCACUGAAAAAUAAAGUCGAACUUAUUGCUGAAUUUGAAUUUUCAGGAAGUUCAAGAAAUAUCGAUGUUACAUCAGAUGGCAUGACUCUUGCCGUUUCUGGAGAGUAUCCACCCGUUAUAAAAAUCUUCGAUCUUGUAGAUUUAUCACAAGUUACAUUAUAUUCACUUAAAGGAAUGCCUUCUCAUUUUCAAUUCUUAUCAGACGAUUGGGCCAAGCUAGUUUCAUUAAGACCAGACCGAAAAUUAGAUUUCUAUAACAAAGGUGGUGAUCUCUUUUCAGUGCCAUUACCAUUCCGCUGCCGUCACUUCGCAUAUGCAAAGCCUACAGCCAACCUAUUUCUUGCAUCAGAAGAAUCUCAAUUACUUCGUUUGAAUUUAGAACUUGGCCAGUUCAUAGAAUCAGUCCACACUGGUCCCAAAGUUGCUAACAAAGUAUGUAUUUCCGAAGAAUACCAAAUUAUCUGCGCUGGUUUCGAAACUGGCGAAAUAGAAUUUUAUGAUCCACGUGAUGCAUCUCGUGCUGCCGUUGCAUCAGUUGACCUUGGCUCAGAGAUUACCCAGCUUGCCUUCGACAAGUCCGGACUGAAGCUUGCCGUUGGUUUAGCUAACGGAACAGUUCCAUUGAUGGACAUCCGUAAUUCUAACCCUGUUUUCACUUACUCCCACAGAAACAACAGUCCGAUCAACACAGUCUGCUUCCAUCCAUCUGGAAAACUCCUCUCCUCCGACAAAAGAGGCUGCAGAAUCUACGAUGUCGACACAGGAAACUUCUUCACUUCCUUCGAGACAAAAGCAGCUCUCAACCAAAUCUGUCCUUACCAGAACAGUGGCCUUAUCUUCGGCACAGUCGAGACAGAGCGUGUUCAGGUCAUGCUCAUCCCAGAGCUUGGCCCCGCACCUCGCUGGGCAUCAUUCCUCGACAACGUCAUCACUGAUGUCGAAGAAGAAAAAGAGAAUGGAACGGAAAUUUUCCAGGACAUGAAAUUCAUCACAAGAGAGGAAAUAGAGAAGUUCGACAUGCACCACCUCAUCAAGUCAAGCGUGUUGAAGCCUUACAUGCACGGUUUCUUCAUCCCAAGAGAACUCUACAGACUCAUCACAGAUAAAUCUGGAGGAGCAACAGACGGAGACUACCAGAAGUGGGUCAAGAACAUCAGAACAAUCAGGGACGAACAGAAGCAGCAGACAAAGAUAGCUCCAGAAAGGAAGCAGAAGAAGAGAGACCAGGGAGACUUGGAGAUCACGGACUACGACAGCAAGAGACAGGCAAAGAAGAAGAAAUUGGCUCAACAGGAUCCUUAUUACAAAGAAUAG